AUGACCACAGAACCUCCAAAAUCACCCAAGGGGAAGUCCAUAACCAAGACUUCUUCUUCAGAUGCAGAUACUAGGCGUGAACUACUUCCAUGGGUUGAAAAGUACCGACCGUCUACGCUUAACGAAGUCACAGGCCAGGACAAUAUCAUUUCAACAGUACGCAAGUUCAUUACCGCUGGUCGCCUGCCCCACAUGCUCUUCUACGGGCCACCAGGCACAGGUAAAACCACGACGAUCCUUGCGAUUGCGCGCGAGCUUUAUGGUGAAAAGAGCUUUAGACACAUGGUGCUGGAACUAAAUGCAUCGGAUGAUCGUGGCAUUGAUGUUGUACGCAACCAGAUCAAGACUUUUGCAAGUACACGACAAAUGUUUGCAAACUCCAAGCAUAACUUCAAGCUGGUCAUUCUGGAUGAAGCAGAUGCUAUGACCAACAUUGCUCAAAACGCUCUAAGACGAGUAAUUGAAAAAUACACAAACAAUACCCGUUUUUGCAUCAUUGCAAACUACGCCCAUAAAAUCAACCCUGCGCUGCUUUCGCGCUGCACUCGGUUCCGAUUCUCACCCAUGUCACCUGAAGCCAUCCGCACCCGCCUAGACGUGGUCAUCGCCGCUGAGAACGUGAAGAUUGACGCUGAUGCUGUAGAUGCACUGGUGACACUGGCCAAAGGUGAUAUGCGUAAAGUACUCAACGUUCUGCAGCCGUGCCACCUAGCGACGACUGGCGAGACCGGGGUCGCUGCGACCGUGACGGUAGCCAUGGUGUACGAGUGUGUUGGGUGUCCGGUACCUGCAGAUGUACGACGGCUGAUGACAACUAUCAUUGAGGACGACUGGACGACAGCGGUGCGGACUGUUGCGAAAAUCAAAGCGGACCGUGGAUUGGCGCUUGCUGAUAUUCUUGAGGCUUUGGCAACGGAGUUUGAAGGGUAUGAGCUCAAGCCAGAGGCUCGUAUUGCGUUACUGGAAGGAUUGAGUGAGAUUGAGUACCGGUUGAGUGGCGGUGGAAAUGAGGCCAUUCAAACUAGUGGUGCAAUUGGAGUGGUCAAAAGAGCUUUAGAUAUCCAGGGAGGUAUUGUACAGGAAUAA